AGGCUGACAGCUGCCAUGCAUACCAGCUCAUGGUGAAGAGUGGCGUCCCAGCUGAGAACAUUAUCCUCAUGAUGCAGGAUGAUGUUGCGAACGACUCCGAGAACCCUUUCAAGGGACAGUUGUACAACAAGCCUGGCAAUGACUCCCCAGAUGUCUACAAGGGCUGCAAGGUGGACUACAGUGGCAAGAAGGUGACCGCCCAACUCUUCAUGGACGUGCUGACCGGCAACGCCCAGCGAGCCAAGGGCAAGGUGCUCAAGAGCACCGAGAAGGACACCGUCUUCGUGAACUUCGUCGACCACGGUGGUGUGGGUCUGGUGGCCUUCCCCAAUGGCCCUGUGCUGCACGUGAAGGAGCUCUCCAAGACCCUGAAGACCAUGCAGAGCCAGAAGAUGUUCAAGCAGUUGGUCUUCUACAUGGAAGCCUGCGAGAGCGGCUCCAUGUUCCCAGAUCUCACUUCGGAUGGCAAGAUCCUGGCAGUCACUGCCUCCAAUGCCAAGGAGUCUUCUUGGGGCACCUACUGCGGUGAUGAAGCGGUGGUGAAACUUGGCGAAGUGACCGGCUGCUGCAUUGCUGACCCCAACCCUUGCUGCUCACCUGUCAGGAAGGGCAAAUCCAUUGGAUCUUGCUUGGGCGAUCUGUUCUCCGUGAACUGGAUGCAGGAUGAUGAUCUCGGCAAGUAUUCCUCCGAGACUUUCCGCUCCCAGAUCCAGAAGAUCACCAAGUUGACCAACAAGAGCCACGUGUGCAGCUUCGGCGACAAGUCCUUCGAGAACGAGGCCAUUGGUGACGUGGAGGCCCUGGCGGCCACGGAAUCCAUGGACGUUGCCCGCGGCUCCGUGGACACGCGCGACAUCUAUGUGAACCAGGCGUUCUGGGCAUGGAACAAUGCUGCAGCUGAGGACAAGGAGGCGGCCUGGAAGAAGUUGGUGCAGGUCGUGAAGAGCCGCGAGGCUGAUGACGCCGUCUUCCAGAGCAUCACAUCCAAGGCCUGCUCCGACGUCAACAAGGAGGGCUGCCAGAAGAAGCUCCAAGGAGACCAGAAUGAUGUGAAGGAAGUGGAGUGCCACUACAACUUGGUCCACACUCUCCACCAGCACUGCCCCGCUUCUGAGAGCCACUACUCCAAGGGUGGCUGGAAUGGCUACAACAUGAAAUACUCCCAGGUGCUGGCCAACCUGUGCGAGAACCAGGAAUUGCUUGGCAAAAACGCUGAGCAACUGGACGAGUUGGUGCGCAGCAGCUGCAUCGCGGCCAGCACGGGCUCUAUGGCUCCGCUGGCUGUGGUGGUGUGACCGGGCCCAUGCCCGGAACGACCAGGUCCAUGGUCGGAGAAAUGCUGAUGGAUGAACCGUUCUGCUUUCCAUGUUUAGUGAGGCGACUUUGUCGCAUCAGCAUACAGCGAGACAUUACGCAGUUUGCCAAUCUGCAGGAUUCUCCGAAGGGACUGGAAGGGGCUGGAAG